CGGCGCGCGCGGAUGUUUUCCACUGUUCCCGCUACGAUAUAGAUAUAUUUCUUGGCUGAAUGAAUUGCUAAUUCCUUUGUCUACACGAUAAUUGCUGCGAUCACUUUGUUAGAAAAGGUGCACGAUAAGGCCGUGACCUUCGCUUAAGCAGAAUGCCGCGAGAUGAUGAGGAGCCAAUUAUUGGCAGUGAUGACGAGGCGCUGGAAACCGGAGUGGUUGCCCCACCCACAAAUAGAAUUUUCGGAAGAUGGCUCAAGCGACCCCGUUCGUUGAUUCUAGAGCCCGCCGUUUUUCUGGUUUUCUUUGGCAGAUUCCUAACAGAUGCGGUCUAUCAGAACCAGAUACUCUACCAAACCUGCGUCACGGUCAUGAAAUAUAAUGCCACUGAAUGCGAGCCAUUUCUCGGUACGGAUCGUGCAUCCGAUGAAGUUAAGAAGAUCGAGGGCCAAGUUCAGGAGUAUGCGUCUACUAUCACGAUGAUAAGCUCAAUGCUCGAGAGCACCGUUCCCGCAAUAGUAAGCCUCUUCCUGGGACCCUGGUCGGAUAAAUUCGGCAGACGGCCCAUCCUGCUGUCCACAUUUUCAGGCUUCUUUGUAAGUGCCAUUAUUCUGGUAGUUCUUACUCAAAUAACGACGGCCACCAAUAUCAGUCCCUGGUGGUUCCUGCUUUCCUCUGUGCCCUCGGUGUUCAGUGGAGGUACUUGCGCCCUCAUCACCAUCCUGUACUGCCAUGUAUCCGAUGUGGCCACCGAGGAGAAGAGAGCCAUGAGAAUGGUCACCAUGGAAGCUGCACUGGGUCUGGGUAUGAUGGCUGGAGGUGUGGCUAGUGGUUACCUCUACGCCGCCACUGGUGCGUCAACUCUGUUCAUCUUGGUGGGCUCUAUUAUCUCAAUAGCGCUAAUCUACGUCUACUUCUUUGUGCCGGAGAGUCUUAAGUCUGAAGAUUUGCAAACUGGGUCCCGCAUUCGCGAGUUCUUCCGUUUGGAUUUGGUAAAGGUCCUCGUAAGGACCUGCAUUAAGAAACGAGAGAACUACGAUCGCGCAAUUAUCUGGUUUGUGAUGAUGUCACUGACCUUGUGUAUUUUUGCUAUGGAGGGCGAGAACACUGUAAACUACAUGUUCAUGCGGAAGCAGUUUGACUACACAGUCCAGGAUUACAGUGUGUUCAAUGCGGCGAGGGUCGUCAUACAGGUUGUGGGCAGUACAAUUGCCAUGAUCCUGCUUCGCCGCCUCCUGGGAUUGUCCACCAUCAUGAUGACGCUCCUGGCCUUCGCCUGCUGUGUCCUCGAGAGCACGGUUAGAGCCACGGCCGUAUAUAGAAGCGAGAUGUACCUGGCCUUGAUUGUGGGCAUGAUGCGAGGCGUUAUGUCGCCCAUGUGCAAGGCCAUCCUGUCGCACGUGACUCCCAGCUCGGAAUUGGGUAAAAUCUUCUCCCUGACCACUUCACUCCAGUCCAUCUCACCUUUGGGAGCUGCACCACUUUAUACGACCGUGUACCAGGCUACGGUUAACUUUUAUCCGGGUCUCUUCAACUUCAUCAGUGUAGGACUUUACUUUAUGUGUUACUGUAUGUCGGCCACCGUCUUCGGGAUUCAAAAAUCUAUGGGCAGCAACAGCAUUUACCAAGCCAUAGGAAGUUGACCUAAUUUAAAUAGUUAUACUAAUUGGAAAUUAAUCUAGACAAUCACAACCAUUCAUAAGCCAGUGAAUCAAGAAGUAAAUCAAUCCCUGCAUAAGUAUUAUUAUAUGUAUUUGCUAUUCCAAUAAUGCUAAGCCUAGCCAAGUGUAAAUAGCAAGCUUUUGGGACUUGUUAGCAUUGCCAUACAACAUUCACCAAAGAUUAAGCGCUAAUAUAUGUGUAGUAUAAAAUGUUAA